AUGUGGUCACUUUUGCCUAAUUGGGGCUUUAGAAAUCUUGUUCAUGCUACCUAUAGCAAGCGGACUGUGGAUCUUCCUUUGAAUGAUUCAGACGAUGCAGCUACAAUUCCUCUAAAGGAACUUGUCAGGCAGUAUGUCCCUCAAGCUGCUGAUAGUUACAGAUAUUGGUUAAAACCAUAUCUUUUCAAUGGAGCAUUGCAGUCAAUGUAUGUGACGCUUGCAGAUUUCUCCAAAGCCUAUCCAGUAUAUUACGCCAGAGAUAUAGUUGACGUCACCGAAGAAGAAGCCAAGAAGUACAAGAACCUGCCUUCUGGCCAAUUCACCGUGGAUUAUGUUGUAGAACCAAAGGAAAAGACUUCUGAGGAAUUUAAGAGAAGAUACCAGGAGACUUUGCCCGAAGGAUACCCUAGACUUCACCCUCGUUGCAGAUAUUACACUGAGGAUGAGAUGCUUCAGGUUCGCAAGUUAUGGGAUGCCGAUGACAAGCCGAUUAUCAUUAUCUCUCCUGGCUUAGCAGGUGGUAUCAAUGAACCUCAAAUCAGAGCCAUUUCCGAAAAACUGUUUAGGUCGGGCUUUCAUGUUUUGGUGCUAAACAGCAGAGGUUGCUGCAGAUCGAAGAUUACUACUCCACAUCUCUUCUCUGGCUUGCACACUGAUGAUAUGAGAAUGACUAUCAACAAUCUUCAUAAGAGAUUUCCUGGUAAACAGAUUCAUCUUGCCGGCUUCUCGUUUGGUGGCGUGAUCAUAUCCAACUACUUGGCUCAAGAAGGUUCUGAUUCUAUCAUUAGCAGUGCCGUCACUGUAUCCUCUCCUUGGAAUUUGCUCAACUCUUGCUUUGCUAUUAACAAAAGUUUCUUUGGCCGGAAGUUUUUCCAACCAGCUAUUGUCUAUUACUUAAACAAGUUGGCUGAGAAUAACAGAGAGACUUUGAAACAGGUUCCAGAGUUGUUUGAUGAAGAUGAGUUCAACCGCAUUAAGAAGACUUUCAAGACUACUGAGGAUUUUGAUGACAAAUACACUGGCCGUUUGGCUGGCUUCCCAUCUGCAACAUGUUAUUAUCUUGCCUCGUCUCCAAUUGCUAGAAUAUUUAAGAUCAAGACUCCGAUGCUUAUUAUCAAUUCUGAGGACGAUCCUAUGAUAUCAACAGACUAUCCUUACCACGAUAUUAAGAAGAACCCUUACUUAUAUAUGGCAACCUGCGAUCUGGGUGGUCACUAUUCCUUUGUUGAUAUCAAUGGUAAGUUCUGGUACGUUGAUGUUGUUAAUGACUUCAUAUCUGCUUUCUAUAAACAUAUCGAUCAGCAUAAGAAACUCGAUGACCACGGCUUCAACGUUUCUCAGUUGCACUUUAAGGAUACCAUUGAUUUAUACUGA